UUCGUUGUCGGCUGAAAGAUCAAGUACUUAUCACUCGUACGAUUGUGUUACCGCAUGUGUAUGCAAGAACCUGGACGAGAAAUCGAUGGUGUUUUCGCAGUUGUGAUUCGCACCACCUUCAUCUAUAUUCGCAAUUGUGCGACAACUUUGAUAUUUAUUACUGCGAGAUUUUUUUAAUCGCGACAGCUGCAUCGCUUACUUAAGUCGUUAACUAAGAUUUCUCAGAGCGAUUUUCACAGUAGAAAAAAAAAUGUUGACACCGCAAGCGACAGUCGUUAAUUACAUCUUCGGCAGACGCGUUUGUGCGCUACGGAGUUUCUUGAGAAGCAAUUUUUCGGUAUCGAUCAGUUCCAAGGGAAAUAUGUCGUUCGAGGAAGAGAAACAAAAAUUCUUGAAAAUGCCACCGGAGGAGAAGAGAAAAUAUUACAAGUCGGAAGUGACAACUCUGGAUCAGGUUCCAACAUUGCCGGAAUAUUCUGAUGAAUUUCAAUCAAACAUUGCUAAAAAAUUAUCAAUGUGGCAGGGUGAUAUAACGUCGCUUGAAAUAGAUGCCAUUGUCAAUGCCGCAAAUUCAAGUCUUUUGGGAGGUGGCGGAGUUGACGGAGCUAUUCACAGAGGGGCAGGACCAAAUUUAAAGAAAGAGUGCGCAACAUUGGGAGGAUGUAGCGUUGGCAAGGCUAAAAUCACAGGAGGUUACAUGCUGCCGGCUAAGUAUGUUAUUCAUACUGUUGGUCCUCAGGGUGAGAAACCGGACAAGUUGAGAGAGUGUUACGAAAAUAGUCUGGCACUUGCCAAAGAGCAUAAUUUGCGUACCAUUGCAUUUCCCUGCAUAUCAACCGGAAUUUACGGAUAUCCGCAGAGACCUGCGGCCGAAGUGGCUUUGUCAACGGUCAAAAAGUUUCUUCUCGAGAACAAAGAUGCUAUGGACAGAGUUAUCUUCUGUUUGUUUUUAAAAUCCGAUAAGGAGAUAUACAAAGAGCUGCUGCCAAAAUAUUUCGCCGUUGAAUGAACUCGUUCCCGAAUUUUCAAGAAUCUCGGCAAUCUUGUCUCAAAAAGUCUGUAAUAUUUAAUAUAUUCGCAAGAGGUUGUACUUUGGUUUGUCGAUAAAAACUAUUCAUACAAAAAACA